AUGACAUUUAUCAAUAAGGAUGACGCCGAGAAUCCAGAGAAUACUAUCAAUGCCGGCAACUCUGAGAUUGAGAUCGGUGCUGAAGCACAAGAGGCUACAACGCUAGAACGUGACUUAGAUAUUCGCAUCGCACUUAAGCUUUAUCCCAAAGCAGCUGCAUGGUCCUUCUUCUUUUCUCUCGGCGUUAUCAUGACCGGCUAUGGCCCUCAGAUCAUAGGGAAUUUAUACGGUGUUCCCAGGUUCCAGCAGGAUUUUGGCUACCUUUUCAACGGGAAGUGGAUCAUCUCAGCUGCAUGGCAGUCAGGCCUUAGAUACUCUAUUUUCCCAAAAAAUGACAGCAUGGGAAGUCCUAUAGGCCAAGUUGUUGGCGCUCUAGCAGCUACAUAUCCGAUGGAAAUUUUUGGCAGGAAGAAAAUCUUUUCGAUAUGCGUCGUCCUAACUGCCGGUUGUGUCUUCAUCCAAUUCUUCGCACGAUCGCUAAAGGUACUGGUCGUUGGUGAACUCCUUGGUGGCCUCAUACUAGCACUGUGUCCCGUUGUUCUACGUGGUAUUUUAACUGCUUAUGUGAAUCUCUGUUUUGUUAUCGGUCAGUUCAUCGCCAACGGAGUCUCCGCUGCAACUCACGGGCUAGAUAGCCACUGGGCUUACAGUGCUCCCUUUGCGACCCAGUGGCUCUGGCCUGCCGUGAUCCUUGCCGGGGUUUUCUUUGCCCCAGAGAGUCCAUGGUGGCUUGUCAGGAGGGGAAGAUUGCAAGAUGCCGAAAAUUCGCUUCGGAGGCUCGCAGCAUCUAGCGUUGACGUCAAGCCAACACUGUCAAUGAUAAUUGAAACCGAUCGUCUUGAACAGCAGAUGGAGGCAGGGACUACCUUCCGUGAUUGUUUCAAGAAAUCCAACCUUCGUCGCACCCAUAUUGCUAUCGGAGUGUAUAGCAUUCAGAUUCUUAGCGGGGUUUAUCUCAUUGGGUUUUCCAACUACUUUUUCACUCUGAUUGGUCUUUCUACUGACGAUGCAUAUAAUAUGGGUAUCAGCUUACUAGGGGUGGGAUUUCUGGGAUGCAUUCUAUCCUGGAUUCUCCUUGCAUACUUCGGCCGCCGAGUGAUCUAUAGUAGCGGGCUGCUUGGACUCGCCGCAAUUCUCUUUAUCAUCGGCAUUCUGGAUUGCGUGCCCAACUAUAUGCAACGUCCUUCGAUAGCCUGGGUUCAGACUUCCAUGAUGCUGGUGUGGAAUUUGAUUUACAACCUCUCCGUCGGACCAGUGUGUUUCGUUAUUCUAUGUGAAUGUUCGGCGACCAAGCUUCGUGGCAAGACUAUUGCUAUUUCAACAGCUAUACAAGCUAUUCUGGGCAUAGUCAUCACUGUCAUGAUUCCUUACAUGAUUAAUCCAGAUGCCGGGAAUAUGAGAGGGAAAAUAGGAUUCAUUUUUGGCGGUCUUGCUUCCAUGAGUUUUGUAUGGACUUAUUUUUACGUUCCCGAAACUAAAGGUCGAACUUACGAGGAACUCGAUAUCAUGUUUGAAAGAACAGUGCCUACUAGAGAGUUUACGAACUACAGUAUUCUAUAG